AUGCGUCUGUCAUCAUCUAAGUCAAUGCACAACCUUGGCAAGAUGGACCAGAUCAGGAAACCGCUGAGCGAGGUGUCCAAUAAGCAGGUCGACAUACGCAGCUCUCAGACUCAAAAGCAAAUUCUGAGCGCAAAACCGACUAUCAAGAAGCCUUCCGAGGCCCCGAGCAAACGUUCCGAAAGGCCAAGUCGUCUUCCUCUGGUCCCAAGGAGGCACACGCAGACCGGCGUCCCGCCUAAGAAGCCGACACCCCCAGUUCCGAGUCGCAGCAGAGCGAAGCCAAAACGAAUUGUAGCUGGUGCGCCACACAACAGAAGAGAAAUUGGCUCGCAACCCGAACAUCAGAGCGGUGCGAUGACCCGACGAGCGACGACUUCUAUGAACUUUACAAGAGGGCGGAUAGCUACCGUACCUGUUCGCAAGCCUUCUUCGGAGGAGGUCAUGCGCCAAGCAGCUAACACACAGUGCCUUCGGGAUAUUUCAUUGAAGACCGACAAGCUCCUCGCGGGGCUCAGUUCCAUCUCUUCUGAUCAAGAAGCCACACAGAUACCCAAAUCUAUUUGUGAUGAGUUGGGAGGGACGAUUGAGAUGCUUCAGAAGCAAAUACAGUCGCUGCAAAGUGACAGAGAUGCAAAGGUCAUGGAACUCAUGGAGGGUAAGUUCGAGACCAAGAGUGAGCUGCUCGAGGUGAACUCGAAGCUAAAGCAAUCAGAAUUUUUUGUCGACCAACAAAAAAACAAGGUCGCUGCUCUUGAGAAGGAGUUGGAGGAACUACGAGCCAAAUAUCAGACACUCGAGCGCGGAAAAGCUGAAUCUGAAGACGGGGUGCAAGUAGCAAAAGGAACACUUGAAGCUCUGGAGAGGCAUCUCGAAGAAGCAAAUGGUUUGAAGUCAACACUUGAGGAGGACAAGAGGAAGUUGCAGAUGGCAAUCAAAGAGCAGAAGAACGCACAGGAAAGUAUGCAAGACGAAUCAAAUAGACUCAUUGCAAAGCUCAAGGAGCUCCAACGACGUCUAGAGGUGGCAGAAUCCGAAAUUUCAUCUCAGGAAGCCAACAUUCGCCGAAUUCGAAGAGAAAAGGAAAGCGCUGAGUCUGAGCGAGAUGAUUUUGAGAGGGAGCUCGGAAAGAAAGCAAACUCACUCCAGGAGCAAAUCGUGAAAUACGAGGAGCUGGCUCGUGAGGCAGAGUCUCUCAAAAGCGGCCACGCCGCAGACAGACAAGUCGCCGAGGGCAAAUUUGCGGAGUUGCAGAGAGAAGCCGCUUCACGUGUCGAGUCUCUAGAAAGAGACUUGCAAGAAAAGCAAAGCAGCACAAUUGAAAUCCUUGAAACACAAGCACGCGAAGACGCUGCUAUGCGACGAAAGUUGCACAACGCGAUACAAGAACUGAAAGGAAACAUUCGUGUGUUUUGUAGAGUUCGACCGCUUCUCCCAAAAGAACUUGAGUGCCCUACCGCGUCAAAAGCUCUACAAAUGUUUGAAUAUAAGGACAGAGGGCAUGGGUUGGUUGCGAGGCCACCAUCUGAUGAGUCGAAGGGCAGUCUUUCCGAGUAUCCGUUCAAAUUCGAUCGAGUGUUUGGGCCGCAGAGCGAUCAAGCGUCCGUGUUUGAGGAGAUAUCACAGCUUGUACAGAGUGCGUUAGAUGGUUACCGCGUGUGCAUCUUUGCAUACGGACAGACAGGUUCUGGAAAGACGCAUACGAUGCUCGGCGAAAGGGGGGCUGGAGAUGCGCAACUGGGAAUGGUUCCUCGAUCAGUGCGCCAAGUCUUCCAGUCGGCGAAGGAGAUGGAAAAGGAUCAGUGGUCAUUCAAACUCAAAGCCUCGUUCCUGGAGAUCUACAACGAGUCUAUUCGAGACCUUCUUGUAGACAACUCGGGCUCUAAUAAGUCAAAGAGCAAAGACGAACAGUUUAAAGUCAUAUUCAACCCUGAGACCAAGCUUUCCUCUGUUGGUGGCUUGACCAUCAUCGACGUGGAGAACGAGCUACAGGUGCAAAGAUUGGUGGAGAAGUCCAUGAAGAACCGGGCUACGGCCGCAACACAUGCAAAUGAAAGAAGUUCCCGCUCUCACUCUGUCUUCAGAUUAUACAUCGAGGGGAGGAACGGCUGUACAGGACAAAAACUGAAUGGUCUCCUAAACCUCGUAGACCUCGCAGGUUCAGAGAGACUCAAGCAGAAUUGCAAGACUCUGAUGUUCGUCAACGUUUCUCACGCGUCGGAGAGCUUCAACGAGUCUUUGUGUUCCUUGCGGUUUGCUUCGAAAGUAAACAGCUGCCAUGUAGGCACGGCACGGCGAUCCGCAAAGAUAGAAUUGUGA